AUGGAUGACUUCGGAAAGCGUCACCGCUUUGCUUUGGCACUGGCUAUGGCCAAACGAAUAUUACCAUUUUCACGACACUUUCUAAUUCUCUUUCUACAUAUUUUGGGCCGUGAUCUACCGUGUGACAUCCGCAUUAAAGAUGUGGUUGGACGAAAACUCUAUGUCGUUGUUCUAGGUGAUAACUCGAAACUGAUCUACAGGCUAACGGGCCAGGAUGCGGAGUAUCUCGUCGUGGAUGAAAAUACUGGUCAAAUAAAUUUACGUCGGGCACUGGAUUACGAAACAAAGAAUGCACUGCACUUUCGAAUCCAUGUAUCAGAUCGUGGUAGGCCACCAAUGGAUGACUCUGCUGCGGCGAUAAUUUCAGUGAUCGAUGUGAACGACAAUCCACCCGAUUUACCGGGCCGCAUUGAGUUCGCAGUUUUUGAGAACCAUACAGCUUCUGUCCCCUUGGGGAAACUUAACGCGUCCGACAGGGAUUCCGGCAGAAAUGCGGAAGUGACAUUCGCUCUGUUAUCUUGCACCACCUAUCCACUGAGUGGAAUCGCACACAAUGAAGUGAUCACCAUACCUUACGGUUCUAGUUCAUAUUCAAAGGCGUCAAGUAGGCCUGGAGAAGUUAUUUCACAAGUGCGAGCUAUCGAUGAUGACCUAAUGGAAAAUGGCCUGGUGACGUAUCGAAUGAAAGUGGGUCAGCCAUUUGAGAUAACCAAAUUGUUCAAUUUGGACGAGAUGAGCGGGAAGCUUUAUCUUCGACUGCCUGUAGAAGAACUGGUCCAAGACACUCAAGCAACAAGCAAUGGCUCCAAAACAAAACUUGCAAAAUCUGAGUUGUUGCCAUCCGAAUGGGAAAGAGGAGCAUUCUACAAGAACGAAAAUAGCCAACUUUCGCAACAAUCUGUCUUCACCCUGAUAAUAAUAGUGAGUUGGUGCAAUAGCCACAAAAGUGGUGGCACAUUACACCAGAAAUUUUAUUCGAAGAUGGAGAAAGACACUUUUAUCAACCAGCUUUAA